GGCUCCGCCCUCUUCGGUCACGUGCUCGGGCUCCGGUUGCAGAUAUGGUAAAGUCUGAGAUGGCGAAGCCGCUGUUAGACGGGGACAUUGGCGCUUCCACCCCACUAAGCGUCCUGUCCUGUGGCGACACUAUUGGGAUCAUGGGCACCGGGGACUUUGCUCGAUCAUUGGCCGCUCGUCUCUUGUAUUCCGGAUUCAGAGUUGUGGUGGGAAGUCGCAAUCCCAUGCGCAGCGCAGCGCUCUUCCCGGUGGAUGUGGAGGUGAUGUCCCAGGAAGAGGCGGUGAAACGCGCGCAGGUGCUGUUCGUGGCGGUUUUCCAGGAACAUUAUUCUACGUUGAGCGCCUUGUCAGACGUCCUGUAUGGGAAAACGCUGAUCGAUGUCAGUAAUAACCCGGAGAUCAGCGUCAACAGGGAGUCCAAUGCGGAGCGUCUGGCCGCUCUCUUCCCUCAAUGCAUCGUGGUGAAAGCAUUCAAUGUGGUGUCUGCCUGGGCCCUGCAGUCCGGCCCCAAGGAUGGAAACAACCAGGUCUUCAUCUGUUCUGACAGUCCUGACGCCAAGAGCCGCGUUGCGUCCAUAGGGCGCAGUAUGGGCUUCAUCCCGGUGGACAUGGGGGCGCUAUGUGCGGCCCGUGAGGUUGAGCAGAUCCCGCUGCGCCUGCUGCCGCUGUGGCGGACGCCCUGUGCUCUGGCGCUCGGCCUCUUCGUCUUCUUCUACCUGUAUAACUGUGUCAGGUCCGUGCUGCACCCCUACCUGCAGGAGAACAGGAACACCUUGUACAAGCUGCCGCUGGAGCUGAUGAACGUCACGCUGCCAUGUGUCGCCUACGUGCUGCUGGCCUUGGUGUACGCGCCCGGAGUCCUCGCCGCCAUCUACCAGCUGCACAACGGCACCAAGUACAAGCGCUUCCCUGGCUGGCUGGACAAGUGGAUGCUGCGCAGGAAGCAGAUGGGCCUGGUCAGCUUCUUCCUGGCAGCGCUGCACGCCGCCUACAGCUUCUGCCUGCCCAUGAGGAGAUCCGCCCGCUAUCAGAUCCUCAACGAUGCCGCUAAGCAGGUGCGGAACAACGUGACCUCCUCCUGGGUGGAGGACGAGGUCUGGAGGAUGGAGAUCUACGUCUCGCUCGGGAUCAUGGCGCUCGGGAUCCUCUCACUCCUCGCUGUCUCCUCCAUCCCAUCUGUCGCCAAUUCCUUGAACUGGAGAGAAUUCACCUUCAUCCAGUCUCAGCUGGGGUUUGCAGCGCUGGUUGUCGUCACCCUCCACACUCUCACAUUCGGCUGGAGACGAGCAUUUGAUGGCAGCCGCUACAAGUUUUACCUGCCACCGACCUUCACCCUGACACUGGUGCUGCCCUUCCUCAUCAUCCUGGCCCGAGUCAUCCUCCUGCUGCCGUGUAUCAGUGCAAAACUGCUGAAGAUCCGCAGAGGAUGGGAGAAGAACAAGUGCGUCACCUUCACUGCGCCAAGCGAGGACUGUGCAGAAGGUUCUAGCAACGUGUAAGGCGUCGGCGGCAGGUGAGGCGGAACCAGGAUGUGACCGGUCUUAGCAGCCGCCUCGUACCGUCUGUCUGCCACCAGAUCUGCAACGGUGCCGACUACCGAACUCUCAGGGAGAGCUCAGCCACAAUACGGAGGCCAAAGAGCUCAUCAGGAACAACUACUAUCCCCAAUAUUGUAUGUGUCUUUUUUGUUAUGCCACCCUUAGAUGGAGGUGGCGGCCAAUAUUAAGUGCCCUGUGAUGUCACCCCCGUCAUGUAGAGAGACCAGUAAUGGCCUGUAGACCGCUGUAUAUAAAUGGCC